UGAGGCAGGAAUAUCUGGAAAGGAAGUCACUCCAUUUAUACUUCAACAGGUCAAUGAAAUCACAAAAGGAGCCUCCCUGGUUGCUAACAUUGCACUCAUCAGAAACAAUGCCAGGGUGGGUAGUCAGAUAGCCAAACAGUUAUCUAUCUACAGGAAAUCCUCACCAGAUGGUGCAACCAACACAGAAAGUGAUGAUGUCACUACAGUACGACCACAUAUAAAAUCGAGGUCACCAGCUCAGCAGUCUGUCAAAGGCAAGGGCAGAGUGGUUGUGAUUGGGGGAAUCAAUGUAGAUUUUUAUGCAAUGUUGAAUAAAGACACUUUUGCGGUAAGCGCUAUGAUAAGGAUUUACCGGUAUAAUAUUAAUCAUGACAUCACACAAAUAUGUUGUUUGAUAUUUCAGAUGCUAUCUCACAUUUGCUAUCACUAUUAUAUGAGCUGAGAUAAAGCUCAAUGUCACCAUCAGUGUUUAUUAAAAAUUGAUAAUGAAUUGUCUCCCAUUUAAGCUGAUUAGUACAGAGUUAUCUCCCCUAUACAGAAAUAAUUAAUUGUCGUUGACAUCUCCCCUGUACAAUAAAUUAUCUCUUAGACAUGUAUGAUUAUGUUGAUAAUGAGUAACCUCCCCUGUUUACUUACAACACAUCGUCUUUCAAACAUGUAUGAGUAUGUGGAUAAUGAGUUAUAUCCCCUGUACACUAACAGUAAUUUGU